GAAGUGCUUUUCGAAGUUACAAAGAAAGAACCAAAUCUAAAUUCGUAGAGACUAAGCAAAGCGUCACAUCCCCAAAAUUAUUGAGUUAUCGAAAAGGGGAAGUGAUGCCGGAAUCACGCCGCUGGACGAUGCCGGAGAUGGCCGGAAUCCUCUCAAAUAAGAUCCCACAAGAGGAACUCAAGCCUGGAGAUCAUAUCUAUUCAUGGAGAAACGCCUACCUCUACGCUCAUCAUGGUAUAUAUGUUGGCGAUGGUAUGGUUAUCCAUUUUACUCGAGCUGCAGGUCAGGAGAUAGGAACUGGAACUGUUUUAGACCGUUUCAUAUUCAGUUCCUUUCCUUCACACCCCUCUGGCUCCCCAUGUCCUAGAUGUGGUGAUCAAUCAAGGAACGAAGGUGUUAUCUCAUCAUGCCUCGAGUGUUUUCUUUGUGGUGGUGAACUGUAUCUUUUUAAGUAUAGUGUCUCACCAGGGCUUUUUAUUGCUAAAAUUCGAGGAGGAACAUGCACAAUUGCCCCUUCUGAUCCACCAGAGCUUGUCCUGCACCGUGCUGAAUUUCUCCUUCAGAACGGUUUUGGGGUUUACAACAUAUUGAAGAACAACUGUGAGGAUUUCGCAAUCUACUGCAAGACCAGUUUACUAGCCUUUACAAAUAUCAGUGUAGGCCGAAGUGGGCAAGCAUCAUCCUUGUUUGCUGCCAAAACUGCUAUCGCUUCAGUACCACUACCCUUUCUAACUACAUGUUUUUCUGGUCUGGCUGUUGUGGGUUCUGGAUUUUACUGUGCCCACCGGUAUGCUUAUGAUAUUGGGGUACGUCGUGAUGUCAUGAAGAUCCCUGUUGAAUACUACUUACCCCUUGUCCGUGCGGCUGCUACAACUACUGAUACAUCAAAGGAAAAGGUAUCUAUGUUGACUGCAUAUAAAUGGAUCUCUCAAGUAGGUUACUACACCAUAGCGAAUGCUUUUGAAAAGAUUUCAAGGUAGAAGGCUGUUUCCGUCUAGCUCCGGAAGCAUUGUCUAGUAUGUUGUAGGUGUUGAUGUUGUCAUUGCUUUUGUGACGUUGGUUUGGUCAUUAUUGAAACAUUGGUCAUUUAAACAGGUUCUCCCAUCAAAUGAAUGCCUUGGUAUGUGAUUGUAAAUUGUUUAUGGCAAAUGUUCUAUGAUUUCAUAGGAAUGACAACAGUGUGAUUGCUUUUCUGACAUACGUUUGGAUUAAUUUUUUAAGUCGAGGGUGUUUGAAUUGAC